UAAGACGAUGUCAGACUGAAAGUAAAGUGAUGUUCUGGGAAUUUCCCUCCUAYAAAUUUCACCAGAUUGCRAGUGGAAGCCUUCUUCAAGGAGGGAUUUCAUGAUGACUUCGCGUUUCCAUCUUUUUCUCAACGAAAUUGCCGACCAAAUCAGGUCCGAAGACCUUGAGAAAAUGAAAUACCUCUGCAGUGACAAAAUUACGACUGGACAUCUUGAUCAAGCCCAAACUGCACGAGAGUUUUUCAUUCUUCUAAUGAACAGAUCAUUGAUUACACCUUCUAACAUCACAUUCCUGUUGGAUUUGCUCAACAAUUGCGACAGAAAGGACUUAGUGAGUAGAGCAAAGUCAUCGUACGCURGAACCGAAGAAGAAAUGCCAGAGAGUGGUGUUACAACAAGCUUCGGAAAUGAUAAUAAAUUCAGAUUGUUUUUGGGUCAAUUGGCCGAUGAACUCACAGGGAGGGAUAUUGAAGCCGUCAAGUUUYUGAUUAAUAUCCCAGCUGGAAGGGCUGCCAGCACCAACAGUGGUUUUGGUAUUUUUGAUUUUCUGCAGAGGAGUGGCCAAAUUGGGCCAUCCAGUGUGACCUUGCUCACGGAAAUUUUCGAUGCAAUACACAGGAAAGACCUUACAAGAAAGGUUGAAAAAUACUCCAAUGACAGUGCUCUGCUAUCAGGAAAUACACCUCUGAGGAUUCAAACCCCACCUCAAGAUGUUCCAAAUCCAAGAAAACCAUCUACCCACUCUGAAUCCCGAACCUCCAUGUCGCCCAAACCACCUUUACUCACACCAGAACACUUCCAGGUACGACCAGCAUUCAUUCUUCCUACUGCACCAAUGGUACCAGUUGAUGAAGAAGAUCUUCAAUUGCCCUCAUACCCCAGCAAUAAACGUCCACGUGGAAUAUGCUUGAUUUUCAACAACAAAACAUUUAAUCAAGAUCGAAGCUUACACCUUCCAAGACGAGAUGGCACUGAGAAAGAUGUGGAAAACCUUAAACUCUUAUGGGAAAAGCUCCAUUUCAAWGUUAUUGUCAAACCUGACCUUACCGCUCAUGAGAUGUAUGACACAGCAAGAGAUUACUCAAGGUUGGAUCAUUCAAAUUAUGAUUGUUUUGUUUGUUGCAUUCUAAGUCAUGGUGUCCAAGGUGGUAUUUAUGGCAGUGAUGGGGAGAUAAUUGAGCUUGGUCAAAUAACAUCACAGUUCAAGGGUACAGCAUGUCGMUCCCUUGCUAACAAGCCUAAGCUGUUCUUUGUGCAAGCUUGCAGAGGAACAGAUUUUGACCCAGGUGUGCAAGCUGAUGCUGUGMGGAAUUCUGAUGAGGAAGCAAUGAGGCACAGUGCCGAGCCAAAUGAAGGUCACUUCCUUCUAGGAUAUGCCACUCCGCCAGGCUAUGUUAGUUGGCGUAGUACUCAGCAUGGAUCUUGGUAUAUUUCCCAUCUUUGUGAUGUCUUUCAUACUUACUGUGAAAGGUUUGAUAUCAUGUCUAUGAUGGUCAUGGUCAAUGGAAAAGUGUCAGAGGCCUACACUAAGAAAGGCUACAAGCAGUGUCCUGCCCCCGUGGUGACCCUKACRAAGAGAAUGUACCUCAACAAUAACUAAACAUGCAGUAGGACUGCCAAUAGAAAAGACAGGGCUCCAGCAGCCACUUGAACUAAGUACUGAAAGAAAUCAAGGGCACUUGAAUGAGGAAGACACUCCCUAAAACUUGUAAAUACUGUAUUUACUCAUGUAAUCAGCUCUCAUAGAUAAGCUUC